AUGUGGAAGUGCGACAAUGAUGGUUUCGUGACGGAUGGCGACGAUAUUUUGGUGAAUUUUCUUUUCCCAUUUCAAUUAUAAUGAGACAAAGGAACUAAAUUCGAAAUUUUAUAAAAAAAAACACUGGAAAAAAUUAUUCUUUAUUUAAGCUGUAAAUCGUUUCGAAGCGCAGGAGCAUAUAAUUUUUUGAAUUCAUCUAAUUUUAGGUUCGUUUCGAGACUCAAAAUCGUGAAGUCAACUCCAACACGGAAAGUUCGACGUGAGUUUUUGAGUUUUCAAUAAAAUGCUCAAAAGUUGAUUAAUGUGUUUUAGGGCACAUGUGGGACGUUUGAAUGAGGAAAGUCAUGUGGAAGGAAAAGACGCUUUCCAGCGUGAAACCAAGCAUUUUACCGGUAAUUUUGAUGGAUUCUAAUCUGGAUUCCAAGAAAAUAUUUUCGGGCUUUUGAAGACGACUUCUGUGAAAAACAGCUGUUCAUAGUGAUUUUGGACUUGAAAAAUAUUAUUUUUUCACAUUCUCCUUCGCUAAUCUUACGUAAAAGCUCAUUAGUUGAUGCUUUAGACAAGGAAUUUACUAUUCCUGUAUUUUUCAGAAACUACGACGAUGCACGGUCCGAAAAGAAUAUUCCAGGGAAAGAGGUAUCCACAUUUUACAUUCUAAAUGCGAUCCUUAAUUUCUUCUUCAUCUUUACUUGGAAAAUGUAGAAGAAAAGUUGAUGACAAUAAGUACCCUUUUUCACGACUCUCUCUGUUGAUUCUAGAAACAGAACAUUUUUUCUUCUUGUUUCCUAGCCUGCUUCUAACCUUGUAAAGUUUUAUUACUUUUUCAAUUGACUUUUUUCAGCUGGGCAAUGUUUUUCUGGGCGAUUGCUGUAGUUUGUGCAAUGGGUUUACUAAUACUGCAAGUCUACAUCCUGACGUCCACCUAUUUGUCACAACCAAUCAUUUCUCAGGUGAUUGAAAAUUGCUCGAAAAUUUAGAAAACUGCUUAAAAGUCUUGAAGGCUGCAAAAAGUUUAGGCGCUGCUUAAAAGUCUUGAAGGCUGCAAAAAGUUUAGGCGCUGCUUAAAAGUUUUGAAGGCUGCAAAAAGUUUAGGCGCUGCUUAAAAGUUUUGAAGGCUGCAAAAAGUUUAGGCGCUGCUUAAAAAGUUUUGAAGGCUGCAAAAAGUUUAGGCGCUGCUUAAAAAGUUUUUGAAGGCUGCGAAAAGUUUAGGCGCUGCUUAAGAGUCUUGAAGGCUGCAAAAAGUUUAGGCGCUGCUUAAAAAGUCUUGAAGGCUGCAAAAAGUUUAGGCGCUGCUUAAAAGUUUUGAAGGCUGCGAAAAGUUUAGGCGCUGCUUAAAAGUUUUGAAGGCUGCGAAAAGUUUAGGCGCUGCUUAAAAGUUUUGAAGGCUGCAAAAAGUUUAGGCGCUGCUUAAAAGCUUUGAAGGCUGCAAAAAGUUUAGGCGCUGCUUAAGAGUCUUGAAGGCUGCAAAAAGUUUAGGCGCUGCUUAAAAGUCUUGAAGGCUGCAAAAAGUUUAGGCGCUGCUUAAAAGUUUUGAAGGCUGCAAAAAGUUUAGGCGCUGCUUAAAAGUUUUGAAGGCUGCAAAAAGUUUAGGCGCUGCUUAAAAGUUUUGAAGGCUGCAAAAAGUUUAGGCGCUGCUUAAAAGUUUUGAAGGCUGCGAAAAGUUUAGGCGCUGCUUAAGAGUCUUGAAGGCUGCAAAAAGUUUAGGCGCUGCUUAAAAGUCUUGAAGGCUGCAAAAAGUUUAGGCGGUGCCUAAAAGUUUUGAAGGCUGCAAAAAGUUUAGGCGCUGCUUAAAAGUUUUGAAGGCUGCGAAAAGUUUAGGCGCUGCUUAAAAGUUUUGAAGGCUGCAAAAAGUUUAGGCGCUGCUUAAAAGUCUUGAAGGCUGCAAAAAGUUUAGGCGCUGCUUAAAAGUCUUGAAGGCUGCAAAAAGUUUAGGCGCUGCUUAAAAGUUUUGAAGGCUGCAAAAAGUUUAGGCGCUGCUUAAAAGUUUUGAAGGCUGCAAAAAGUUUAGGCGCUGCUUAAUAGGUUUGAAGAAAAUUCUGAAUUUCAGGUGACUUUCGUACUCAGUGAAGAUGGAAUGGAGUUUCCGCUUGUCACAUUCUGCAAUCUGAACCCCGUCCGGAAAGCUUAUGCUUUACGUGAGUUUGAAAAAAUAUAAAAAAAAAUGUAGCAACGGCCACCAAAUGUUUGAAGUUCUUGUAGAGAUUAAUAAGGCUCCUGUUUUCUGUAACUUGUAAAAAAGUUGAUUGUUCAAUACUUUCCGUAUAGAUUUUAUGAAUGGAAAUGAACAUGCAGGUUCAUGAAUGAUAUAAACAGGGAAGCGAGCUUUAAAGGAUUGCUUUGAAUUCAAUUUAAACGCGUGAAGCCAUUCCCGGUGCGGCAGGGACUUCAGGUCAAUUCUAAAGAUUAUUUUACAAGUUCAGAAAUGAACUCAACUGGCGACGUUCCACCGCAUUUACUCGAAUAUUUGAUGUAUUACAACGAUGAUGCCCUUUCUCUUUAUGGCGGCUCUGAUCCUCAAUCGUUACACGAAGGUUAAAAAUUUUAUUUUCUUAUAAAAUAUUUAGAAUUUCAGGCGAUGAAGAACUGCGAGUUUAUCAAAAAUUGUAUCCUAAUUUCACUGCCGAUAAGUUUUACUUCAACUCUGGGUUUGUUUUUUGGAACUCGCCCAGUCAUUUCCAGUUUGACUAUUUAUGAAGGAUUUUUGAGAUCAUAAUGAACUUUUCGGUUUUUCAUUAAAAGUUCUUUUUACAGGUUUGAGUGCAAGGAAAUCUUUAAAAUGUGCGUUUUUGAAGGACGACAGUGAGUUUUUUUUUUUUGCCAGCUUGAAGGAAAUAAGCUUCAUAGGGCUAAUUUAAUUUUUUGCUCAUUUUUUUUAACGAUGCGUCCUUAUGCCACGUCCUUAUGCGUCGAUGAGUAGGAAUUUUAUUCAAAUUUUGGUUUGCCGAUGUCAUUUUUCUCUGAAUUUUUCGACCCUUAUUUGAAACUUUUGUCAGUUCUAUCAAAUUCGAAAUAUGUUGAAAAAACAGAGGAAAAUUUAGAUUCGAUUGCUGUCAAUACGCCAAACCUUCCCUUACCAGCCUUGGAAAGUGUUAUACGUUGGAUUUGCUCAACAGCGACAAGGAAUGGAUGCACGAGCAAGUUGAGCCGGGAAUCGCGGCUGGGUUUGUCUAAGGCUAUUUUUGACGUUGAAAGGGCGCUCUGGUUAUGACGUUUCAUUUUAGUAUGUCCCAGAAGUUCGAGAUUUGUUCAGCCAAAAAUCGCUUUAACGAUAAAAUAGAGUUCGAAAAGGAUGAAAAGAGACUCUAGAUUUUCGAAAAAUUUGCCUUAUGUGGAUGCUUUGAUAAGGGUUCAAUGUGUGUAUUAAAAAUUUAAUUUUUCUCUUUCAAAGCCUUUUUUUCAAUUUUUUUUUGUUCUUUCUUGUUUCGCAGCUUUUGUCGCAACUGUACAUUUAUACAUCGCUCUUGUAUUUUUAAAAUAAGCCUUGCUUUUUCCAGGCUUCAAGUGAUUUUGGACGCUCGUGUCGAUGAACAGUUUGAUGGGACUGAUGGUUAGUCUCGCUCAACAUUGCUCAUGUUAAUUAAGAAUCGUUUCAGGCCACGCCCCGUUAUUCACCAAUUCUUUCGUCGACGGCUACCGUUACUUUGUACACCCUGCCAACACCAUACCGUACCUCGCUUCAGACGAGAUUACUGUAUCACCGAAUUCUGUAGCCUACUCGGCCAUUUCUAGUGAUCGGGUAAGCUGUAGAAGAAAAUCUUCGUCAGUGUGGAGAUUUUCCAGUUUGUCCUCCUACCGUCAAACGAAGGUGGCAACUGUAGCGAUGAAUGGCCUCAGGGCUACAGUACCGACAUACCGUACUCCGCAUCAAACUGCGCCUAUUUGUGUAAAGCACGGUAUUUCGUCGAGAACUGUGGCUGCUCGCCGGCCGUUUAUAACUUGAACAGAAGUCAGUUUGGUACUGGCCGCAUUUGGAAUGGCUAGCGUUUUUUUUUUUGAUUAUGAGUUGCGUCGGACUCCAAGCGAUUAGCGCAAAGAGGCGGAAAACACUAAAGUGAGCUAGUUUGAGCCAUUUAAAGUGCUAUAAUUUGUUUAAAUUUUUUUAAAACGUUAAGAGUUUGUGACAUUUUUUUUUCAAGCUUUGAAAUCCGCAAAUUUAGAAUUCACAACCUGCACCCCCUACGAGACCUACGUUUGCAUGGACGCCAAAAUGCGAGUUGUUCAUAAUGGUAAUUUCAAAAUUCGUAAUGAAGAUAAUUUUGGGGAAAUAUGGAAUAUCUACUUGAAAUAAUUUUUUUUUUCAGUUGAUCAUUUUUUUGACAUGCUUGUUUCAUUUUAAAGCAAUAAAAAUAAAAAGUUUUGAGUGUCAUUUUUUUAAAAUAUUUUUUCCAAUUUAUCACUUCUUUUUCUAUUUUUCUAUUUUUCUCAUUUUCUUUUCACAUUUUUUAGGGUCUGUGAAUAUCGAAAUGCCCCCUUGCAAAGAAUGCGACAAGGAGUGCAGCAGUUUGAUCUACAGAGCGUAUAAUUCGUACGGAAAUGGCUUGUCGAUGGGAGCCAUGACCUAUUUGAACAAAAAGAACUCGUCUUGGACUACAAAGUAUAUGAGGUAGAGGAGUGUGUGCUUAAAUCGAGAUAAAAUGCUCGGUUAUUACGGAACUUCAUAAAAAAAGUUUUCAGAGCGAACUUCCAAAUUAUCAACGUUUUCUUUCGCGAUAUGUCUUAUACGGAGUACAAUCAAGUGGCCGAUUACUCCAUAACACAGCUUCUCAGUGAGUUUUUGAAGAACUUUUCCCAUUUCGAUUAGUUUAGGCGCUGCUUAAAAGUUUUGAAGGCUGCAAAACUAGUUUAGGCGCUGCUUAAAAAUUUCAAAGGCUGCAAAACUAGUUUAGGCGCUGCUUAAAAAUUUCAAAGGCUGCAAAACUAGUUUAGGCGCUGCUUAAAAAUUUCAAAGGCUGCAAAACUAGUUUAGGCGCUGCUUAAAAAUUUCAAAGGCUGCAAAACUAGUUUAGGCGCUGCUUAAAAAUUUCAAAGGCUGCAAAACUAGUUUAGGCGCUGCUUAAAAAUUUCAAAGGCUGCAAAACUAGUUUAGGCGCUGCUUAAAAAUUUCAAAGGCUGCAAAAAAAAUUCAGGCUCUGCUUAAAAAUUUCAAAGGCUGCAAAAAAAUUCAGGCUCUGCUUAAAAAUUUCAAAGGCUGCAAAACUAGUUUAGGCGCUGCUUAAAAAUUUCAAAGGCUGCAAAAAAAAUUCAGGCGCUGCUUAAAAGUUUUGAAGGCUGCAAAACUAGUUUAGGCGCUGCUUAAAAGUCUUGAAGGCUGCAAAACUAGUUUAGGCGCUGCUUAAAAGUCUUGAAGACUGCAAAACUAGUUUAGGCGCUGCUUAAAAGUCUUGAAGACUGCAAAACUAGUUUAGGCGCUGCUUAAAAAGUCUUGAAGACUGCAAGAAAAAAAUUCAGGCGCUGCUUAAAAGUCUUGAAGACUGCAAAAACUAGUUUAGGCGCUGCUUAAAAAGUCUUGAAGACUGCAAAAAACUAGUUUAGGCGCUGCUUAAAAAGUCUUGAAGACUGCAAAAACUAGUUUAGGCGCUGCUUAAAAAGUCUUGAAGACUGCAAAACUAGUUUAGGCGCUGCUAAAAAGUCUUGAAGGCUGCAAAACUAGUUUAGGCGCUGCUUAAAAGUCUUGAAGGCUGCAAAACUAGUUUAGGCGCUGCUUAAAAGUCUUGAAGACUGCAAAACUAGUUUAGGCGCUGCUUAAAAGUCUUGAAGACUGCAAGAAAAAUUCAGGCGCUGCUUAAAGUCUUGAAGACUGCAAAACUAGUUUAGGCGCUGCUUAAAAGUCUUGAAGACUGCAAGAAAAAUUCAGGCGCUGCUUAAAAGUCUUGAAGACUGCAAGAAAAAUUCAGGCGCUGCUUAAAAGUCUUGAAGACUGCAAAACUAGUUUAGGCGCUGCUAAAAAGUCUUGAAGGCUGCAAAACUAGUUUAGGCGCUGCUUAAAAGUCUUGAAGGCUGCAAAACUAGUUUAGGCGCUGCUUAAAAGUCUUGAAGACUGCAAAACUAGUUUAGGCGCUGCUUAAAAGUCUUGAAGACUGCAAGAAAAAUUCAGGCGCUGCUUAAAAGUCUUGAAGACUGCAAAAAACUAGUUUAGGCGCUGCUUAAAAGUCUUGAAGACUGCAAAACUAGUUUAGGCGCUGCUUAAAAGUCUUGAAGGCUGCAAAACUAGUUUAGGCGCUGCUUAAAAGUCUUGAAGGCUGCAAAACUAGUUUAGGCGCUGCUUAAAAAGUCUUGAAGGCUGCAAAACUAGUUUAGGCGCUGCUUAAAAGUCUUGAAGGCUGCAAAACUAGUUUAGGCGCUGCUUAAAAGUCUUGAAGACUGCAAAACUAGUUUAGGCGCUGCUUAAAAGUCUUGAAGGCUGCAAAACUAGUUUAGGCGCUGCUUAAAAGUCUUGAAGACUGCAAGAAAAAUUCAGGCGCUGCUUAAAAGUCUUGAAGACUGCAAGAAAAAUUCAGGCGCUGCUUAAAAGUCUUGAAGACUGCAAAACUAGUUUAGGCGCUGCUUAAAAGUCUUGAAGGCUGCAAAACUAGUUUAGGCGCUGCUUAAAAGUCUUGAAGGCUGCAAAACUAGUUUAGGCGCUGCUUAAAAAGUCUUGAAGGCUGCAAAACUAGUUUAGGCGCUGCUCUAAAAGUCUUGAAGGCUGCAAAACUAGUUUAGGCGCUGCUUAAAAGUCUUGAAGGCUGCAAAACUAGUUUAGGCGCUGCUUAAAAGUCUUGAAGACUGCAAAACUAGUUUAGGCGCUGCUUAAAAGUCUUGAAGGCUGCAAAACUAGUUUAGGCGCUGCUUAAAAGUCUUGAAGGCUGCAAAACUAGUUUAGGCGCUGCUUAAAAGUCUUGAAGGCUGCAAAACUAGUUUAGGCGCUGCUUAAAAGUCUUGAAGACUGCAAAACUAGUUUAGGCGCUGCUUAAAAGUUUUGAAGGCUGCAAGAAAAAUUCAGGCGCUGCUUAAAAGUUUUGAAGGCUGCAAGACAAAUACUUUUAUCCGUUGUAUUUUGACCUUUCCUUCAACUUUUUCUUGUAGGUGACAUUGGCGGCAACAUGGGAAUGUUCCUGGGAAUGUCUGUCAUUACGAUAACCGAAAUUUUGAUGUACUUUUCGAAAAUGUUCUGGAUUGGACUAUCGAGUAAACGACGCGACUACAUGUACAACAAGAAGCAUAAAGAACAGGUUGGGAGGAUUUUAAUUUUUUUUUUUACAAAAGCUCUUUUAUGUCGGAAAACAUUAAAAAAGGUUUCGUAAUUUAGAAGAAAAAUAAACUUUUGUUCAGAACCGCGAAAUCGCCAUCGAUGAAACUAUAACCAACUUCAAGGCGAUCAGUAGUCAGGCGUCUUUGGGGUGAGUUUUUAUUAUUUUUUAAAAUUACAUAAAUUUUUUUCAGUACUUCGCCGCACAUCGUCGCACCAUUGGACCCGAUUCAAUUAAGCAAAUCAAGUCAUUAA